AUAGCCUAUAUUGCCACGGUACUAUAUUCACCGGCCGCACUCUUUGUUAAGACAAGUCUGAUCUACAUUUUGAUAAGGGUUUUCAAACCCUUUUACGCUGGUAUAAUAUCCUUGUACUGUCUUCUUGGUGGGGUAAUUUGCUACUAUUUUGUCAUCAUGUUUGUCAAAAUCUUCAUCUGCAGUCCAGUCUCAGCCUACUGGACCUUAUCAGAACGAGCUUACGCGACUUGUCGGAGACAAUCAAGCAUCAUUAUCGCAGAUUCUGUCAUCGGUUCUGUGACAGACAUUGCCAUUCUGACAUUUCCAGUGGUUUUGACUAGGAGACUGCAAAUGACAACCAGAAAAAAGCUCAGAGUUAUAUUUCUUCUCGGGCUUGGAGGCGUGGCAGUCGGAUUCAGUCUCUACCGGCUUGUGGUCGCAAUCCACCAAAGAGAAAACCGUCAUGAUACGGUGUUGUUUAUGAGGGCUAUACUGACAGGAAAUGCGGAAUUAGGCAUUGGACUGAUCUGUGCCUGUCUUCCGGCCCUCAACACCUUCACCACUCAUAAUCGACAACACUCAUCCUCGAGCAGUCGACUUCCAAAGCCUCAAUCCUCGUAUCCUCUCUUCGAAGGAAGCCAGUUGAUGGAAAGUCAGCUUAGUAGUACUGCGCGCCGAGGGUGCGAUAAUGACAAGGGUUUCGCUGGACCAACGUUGGGAUAG